UUCCUCCCCUGGUUGGAAAAUCCACAUACUGGUUGAAGUGAGGGAGAACAGUCUUCAUGUUGGCCUGGUUAAAAUCCCCAGCAAUAAUGAAAAUGCCCUCUGUGUGUGAGGAUUGCAACUCACUGAUGGUCCGGUAGAGAACACUCAUAGCCUCUUUAGUGUUAGCACUGGGGGGCACAUACACAGCAGUGAUGCUAACCACAGUAAACUCCCUGGGCAGGUAGAAUGGUCUGCAGUUAACAGUCAGAAGCUCGAUGUCCGGGGAGCAGUAACUGGCGACAGUCAUGGCAUUUUUACACCAGUUGUUGUUGAUGUAAAUACACAGCCCCCCCCCCUCGGGUUUUACCGCUGAGAGCGCUGCUCCUGUCUGCGCGGAAUGCUGGGCCGCUGGGUCUUGCCUCCGUAGCACUCCGAGAUCACGUAAACACUCCAGAGUAGUCGUAUUUAUGAGUCCAAAAUCACUUGAUGAUCGUAAUUCCAGCAGACGCUGGCAAUCAUAUGCUAACUUACUGAGUGGAUGCAAAGUUUGUAGCGUUUUAGGCGGCGUAUUUUGCUCAAAUACUCGCAAGUUGUCGAGAGCCCAUGCAACCGCAGCCAUUUUGGGCGCCGCCAUCUUUCUGAUUCUUUCUGAUUUUCUCUUCACGCCUUGGUUCUGUACCGGUACUCGGCUGUUCUUUAUAGUCGGUUGCUAAACCGACCCGGUCUGAAUCAUCUUCAGAUGUUUUCACACAGCAGAAGAAAAAAACGUAACCAGAACAAGAGAGGGAAUCAGUCCGUCAGGAGGUUAAAUGAUCAAUUAACAACUGGUGACUCAGCAGGCGGCCAUGUUUCUUCAUGCUCUAACUGUGUGUGUGUGUGUGUGUGUGUGUGUGUGUGCGUGUGUGCGUGUGUGUGUGUGUGUGUGUGUGUUUGUGUGUGUGUGUGUGCGUGUGUGUGUGUGUGUAAUGAGCAGGAUUUACAACCCUCUCAGUGAAUGACGUUGUGGUUCUGCAGCACCAAAAUGCUGCGUCACUCUGACUGACACUCAGAAGCUAAAAUUAACGUUUGUUUUUCUUUUGGAAGAUGAACUUCUGACUGAGUCUUUAACCUCCAGCAGGUUUUCAUUUAGGUUGGUUCUGAAUUUGGCUCAUUUAUUUUUCCUUUACUUCUAACAUCUUCCCUCCCUGCAGCAUGAAGCUGCCACCACCAUGUUCUGGGUUCCUGACCCGGUGGUCAGCCAGCGCCCCCUCAUGGUUCUGAGUUCAAAUGUUUUUAAGUUGAGAGAAAGUUUGAAAAUGUCACUUGAUAAUUAUCGGAAGAUUAAUACCUGAAAACCAACUCUACAGUCUUAAUGAAGGCAAACAUUUAAAGAACUAAAAUAAAGGUUGUAUUUCUCUGGGAGAAACUCUGGAGGUUCUGCUGAGGCCAUGCAGUGUUUUCUAGAAUGAAUCCCUCUGCUGCGUUCAGCUGGUCUGAGAUCAGGCUGAUGAAGUCGGUCACAUUUAGACUUGCCUACGUUGACCCUCCUUCUGAUGUGUAAAUAAAACACUGAGAGGCCGGUGUGUUUAACCUGUCAAUAAAUCACCAACAUGUAGUCUGGAGCUCAGGGGAAGUACGACUGCAGACAGGAAGUGGCUGAGGCGUGUGCUGGGAGGAGGGACAGGUGAGGGCGUGUUGUUGGCCAGGUGUUCUUAAAGCUACAGCAGAGCAGCAGACGCUAACUUCCAGAGAUGGCACUCUACAAGGCGAUCUGCGUGGCGGCGCUGCUGACUCUGUUUACUCAAGAAUCUUCUUCUCAGUUAUCAGAUUGUGGUCAACCAGCACUAAACACCAGGAUUGUUGGAGGAGAGGUAGCUCCUGCAGGCAGCUGGCCCUGGCAGGUCAGUCUGCACGGCUCCUCAGGCCACUUCUGUGGAGGAUCUCUGAUCAACAACCUGUGGGUUCUGACUGCAGCUCACUGCGUCCCAAAUGGCAACCCGUCCGUUAUCAGCGCCGUGUAUCUGGGCCGUCAGAGUCAGAAGGGAAGCAACCCAAACGAACAGCGUCGGACAGCGGUGCAGAUCAUUGUUCAUCCUGACUACAACUCUCCUGUCUCUAAUGACAACGACAUCGCCCUGAUAAAGCUCUCCUCAGCCGUAACGUUCAACGACUACAUCUCGCCGGUCUGCCUGGCGGCGGCGAACAGCACCUUCUACAGCGGCGUCGACUCCUGGGUCACCGGCUGGGGCAACAUUGGAUCUGAUGUUUCUCUUCCAUCUCCUCAAAACCUCAUGGAGGUGAAGAUACCGGUUGUGGGCAACAGACGGUGUAAAUGUAGCGGUUAUAAAACGACCGACAUCACUGACAACAUGAUCUGUGCGGGAUUACUGGAGGGAGGAAAGGACUCCUGUCAGGGAGACUCAGGAGGUCCGAUGGUCAGCAAACAAAAUGGCCGCUGGAUUCAGUCAGGAAUUGUGAGUUUUGGCAUUGGCUGUGCUCAGCCAAAUUACCCAGGAGUCUAUGCCAGAGUCUCCCAGUAUGAGAGCUGGAUCAAAGCCCAGAUCGCCACCAACCAGCCGGGCUUCAUGACCUACACAUCAACCGGAACCAACAGCGACCUCAGCGUCUCCUGCAGUGGCGUGCCACCAAUCACGACCCCCACACCAACGAUAUACUGCGGCCGGGCCCCACUGAACUCUGGUAUUCUGGGCAGUAGUUCUGUGGCGGCAGCUGGUGAGUGGCCGUCCAUGGCGAGUCUGCAGAAGAACGGACAGCAUGAGUGUGGAGGAACUCUGGUGUCCAGGGAGUACGUUCUGAGCAACGCUGCCUGCUUCUCAGAAUCUCCUAAUGUGUCUCAGUGGAUGGUGGUUUUGGGUCGUCUGAAGCAGAAUGGGUCCAACUCGUUUGAGUCAUCGUUCAAUGUGUCGAAUAUCACCAUGAGCAACCUGACCGGGUCCAACAUCGCAUUGGUUCAGCUGUCCACGAGCCCCACCCUGAGCAACUACAUCCAGCCCAUCUGCCUGGACAACGGCAGAACCUUCCCGGUCGGAUCCAGCUGUUGGGCUGCUGGCUGGAGCUCUGGGCGAGGAGGAGUCGAGGAGCUUCUGCAGGAGUUUCAGACGUCGGUGCUAACCUGUGAAAAUGUUUCCUCCACGGAGAACAUCUGCACCUCAGAGUUCACUCUGGAGAAGGGUGACCUUGGUGGUCCGCUCAUGUGCCAGCAGGACGGUUCUUGGUUCCAGGCCGCCGUGGUUCUGACCUUGAACUCCUCUACCAGCCAAACUCGAGCCAACACGAAUGUCUUUGUCAAACUCAGUAAAUUUAACGACUUCCUGACUCGGAUACUCGGGGUCUUCUUGACUCCAGAACCCUCCGCUAAUGCCACCGUCCCCACUGCCUCCAGCGGACUCCCUGAGGCUCACUUCCUCUUCCUCUUCUUCCACCUCCUCAUCCUGCUCUUGUGUCUGCAGCUCUUCUCAUAGAAAGGCUGGGUUUGGGAGCCUAAAGUCUGACCAGAUCUUCCCCUUUCUACAUGUUUAAACGGGUUCUCUGAGCGGUUUCUCUGUGGUUCUUUGGGUUGAAGGUGGAAGGAGGUGCUGGUUGAUGAAUCAAGUCUUUCUGAGGAUUUAUCGGCUGAACCUUCAGGUUUCCCUUCCAAGGAGACAGAAUUAAAUGUGUCUUGAUCAAAAGUUCUCCAGAUCUCCUGAAGGUUCCUCAAACUCUUUCUUGGUUUCACCUGGAGGAAGUCUGGAUUCUCUGGUUCUGUUUGCGACCCGGUCCAGCUGGAGCUGAUUGAAGGAGUCAGAAUGAAGAAUUUUAACAGCUGCUGAUAUUUUUGUCUGAAACCAACCAGAUCAGAUUGUUUUAUUGUUUAGAAGUCUUUAUCUCAGAAACCUAUUAUUAUCUAUCUAUUAUUAUUAUCUACCUAUUAACACGUAUCAUUCACAACCAGUAUCUGCACUAAUAACUAAUAAUAGUAUUGAUAAUAAUCAUAAUAAUAAUUAUUAUUAUUCUGUGUUGAUUCUUUGUCUUCACAGGAAAAUGUUUUAAAUUAACUGAUUGAUUUUAUGUCUGUUUCUGUUUCAUAUUACAGUUGUUUACAUAAUUAUCUAUAAAAUGAAAAUAAAUAUAUGUUGAGUAUUAUUAAAGGAAGUAUAAUUUAAAAUUAA